GACAGGGUUAGUCAAAUAGGGAAGCGGCUGAGCCUUCGCCUGGGUCUCCAUUGCGCUGCUGUUAGUGAAUAAGAGCAGCAUCCCUUGUGCAAGUCCUGAGGCUGGAUACAGUUUAAUGCCCCAGCUCCAGCAUGCAAUGUGUGGCAGCUCUUUAGGAGGAUUUCCUUGCAAGAUCCUGUAGCAAGAAGCGGGGAGGGGAGCCCAGCAGCUUCAUUAUUACUCUAGUGGACCCAACAGGACUUACAUGUAAGGCACCUUAAGCCUGCACUUAGCAAGGGACUUGCUGCUCACUAGCUCGCUCUCUUACAUAUCCUGUUGGACUCACAGUAGUGGGAUUGAAUUUCAUUGCUUGUUGCGGCAGUUUUCAUUCAGCUGUCUGAUUAUUGGACUUGGAUAUUUUGGGAGCCUACUGUAUUCUAUUUCUACCCCCACCAUCCUCCAUGAACUCUAUGAAAGAGCCUUUACAUUUGGAUCAUUUGGCUGGGAGUAAAGUGGCUGCAACUUCAUCCCAUCACCAGCACCAGCAACACCACCAGCAGACAGUGACCCUUGUAUCCAUGGCUUCAUCUUUGGGUCAGCGCUCUGGCGAGUGUAAGCCAAGGCUAGAGGUGCACACCAUCUCAGACACCUCCAGCCCAGAAGCUGCAGAUAAAGACAAAAGCCACCAGAGCAAGAACGAGGACAACAGUACAGAUGAUCCCUCCAAGAAGAAGAGGCAGAGGCGACAGAGGACUCACUUCACCAGUCAGCAGCUGCAGGAGCUGGAAGCGACUUUCCAGAGAAAUCGUUACCCCGACAUGUCCACCAGGGAGGAAAUCGCAGUGUGGACCAAUCUGACAGAGGCCAGAGUCAGGGUUUGGUUUAAGAACCGCAGGGCCAAGUGGAGAAAGAGGGAGAGGAACCAACAAACUGAGCUCUGCAAAAACGGCUUUGGCCCCCAGUUCAAUGGACUGAUGCAGCCAUAUGAUGAUAUGUACCCCAGUUACUCGUACAACAACUGGGCAACCAAGGGCCUGACUUCAGCCUCUCUGUCCACUAAGAGCUUUCCUUUCUUCAAUUCUAUGAAUGUCAACCCACUGUCCUCCCAGAGUAUGUUCUCCUCGCCCAAUUCCAUUUCUUCCAUGAGCAUGUCCUCUGGCAUGGUCCCCUCUGCUGUUACUGGAGUGCCAGGCUCUGGUCUAAAUAGCUUGAAUAACCUGAACAAUUUGAGCAACCCUUCCCUCAAUACUGCAGUGCCAACGUCGGCCUGCCCUUAUGCUCCCCCAACACCUCCCUAUGUCUACAGAGACACAUGUAACUCCAGCCUGGCAAGCCUGAGACUCAAAGCCAAGCAACACUCUAGUUUUGGCUAUGUUCAAAACCCAGGAUCCAACCUCAGCGCCUGCCAAUAUGCAGUGGACAGACCCGUGUGAUACCUGUGUAUAUGUGUGAGCCUGUAUAUAUACUGUCCUGUAUGGGAAGUACUCUGAAACCUCUAAAUCACAUACCUGGGUCACUACCAAAAGAGAUCAGACAUGGAGGAACAUGCAGAAACGCCAAUUUUAAUUGUUAUUCCAGCGGAUGUCCUGCAGUGAAACUAAAACAGACAUUGUAAUACUCCGAAAUAGAGAUCUGGGCACCAAAGACUGGACGUGGCAUUUUAAUAUUAUUUCUGGCUUGAAUUUUCUUUUUUUUUAAAUUUUAAUUCAGCAUCGAUCGUCAAAAAAGGACUGAAAGGCUGUAUAUAUAUAUAUAUAUAUAUAUAUUGAAAUGUCAAAUUAAUUUUAUAAAAACGUCAGUAAUAUCUUUACAGUGUUAAUAGCACACAAUAGGUUUGAGAUUAAAGCAUGCAAACGAAAGCCCAGCAAGACGAAUGUAUAUAAUAAACAAGAACAUUGUAUUUCAUAGAGAUUACUGUCCUGGGGUGCCUCUGUAUAUAGGGUGCGCUCUCAUCAAUAAUAAAUUACUGAGCAAUUGGUACCCUAAAGGGAGUAGUGAAAAUGCUCAGCAAAAUAAUUAGACGAAGUCACCCACCAAUAUCCCGAGGACUCGAAUUCCCUCCACGAUUUCUUAUUUUUUCCCCCCUGUGUAAUCCCAACAAGGUCAACUCGCUGGACUUUUUAAUAAAUUCAGAAAUGUCAUUAUUUAUUUGUUGAAUUCCAUUCUGGUUCAUAUAUAACCGAACUAUCUUGGUUGUAAAAUAAAACUAAUGUAUUGUUUUAAGGUUAUUUGGCAAAAAAAAAAAUAAGGGAAAAAAAAUAAAUGUAUUUCUUUGGGAAAAAAA